UGUCAUUGAGAACGAGAGUGCAGUAAUCAUGGCUGACGUUAAGGAGUUAGAAGUGCGAGGGGAGUGUGAAGAUCAAAUUGAUGCUGUACAUGCUGAUGAAGGAAAUGAUUCUGAAUCUCCAGAAGGCGGGGAAAAUGACGUUGUGGCACAAGUUGAACAAGAGCGAGAGAGGUACCAACCCACAAGAUUAGAAUCUUUUUUCGCAAUAACCAAGACUUUGAUUCUUAGAGGUAUCAUCAUGUAUGUCAUCGUAUCCCUAUUUCGCCGGCCACCCACAGUUGUCUCUGGACCUAAUGAUGUUACACCUGCUAAAGUACUAGCUUUUAAUAUGUUUGAAAAUGGAACUGUUAUGGAUUUAUAUGUGUACAUCUCAGAGAGUGAAAAGUUUAAUGACUUUAGCAAUCCAGAAGCCUUGAUUUGGAGUGAAAAGGGCAUAAUUUAUGGGGACUGGAGCAGUGGUUCUAAUAGUGAUGGAACACGUGUGCGUGAUGUUGAAAUCAAAACCUCAGAGGCAGUACAGAAUAAUGGUUCAUUAUAUCUUCACGUGUAUGUUACUCGGAGAGGAAAGUCACCAGAUCCUGCUGCUGGAAGAGGAGUGUACUCACCACAUCAGGUGACAUACAACAAGAAGCUGCUAAAUAAAUACAAGCGGCUGCGCUACACAAAGACGCACAAUCUCUUGACUGGUGAGACAGCUGCAACUGCAGAGGAAGUGAAGAAAGCCGAAACCAUGAAGGAGGAAAUCGUUUCUCACUGGCAUCCAAAUCUGACAAUAAAUAUGGUGACUGAUCAGACAAAUUGGAUUCAAGGAUCUGUUCCUCCACCAUUGGAUGAGUAUAUUGAAUUCUUACCAGGCGGAGAUCGUUACAAGCCUGUUAUUUAUCUGAAUGAAUACUGGAAUAUGUUGAGAGACUAUCAACCAAUCAAUGAAACAACAAAGACUUUACAGUUGACUUUGACAUACCAGCCACUUUCGCUCUUGAAAUGGCAGAUAUACUCAACACAGACAAUGCGCAACAAGUGGACAGGGAAUAUUUUGGGUGACGCAUUUGUGGAUGAAGAUGAUGAAUAUCAGGAUUCAUUGAAAGAAGCACUUCUGGAGACAUCACCUUAUCUUCUGGCUCUUACUAUUCUCAUAUCAUUGCUGCAUUCUGUUUUCGAACUUCUGGCAUUCAAGAAUGAUAUCCAAUUCUGGAACAACCGAAAAUCAUUAGAAGGCUUGUCAGUGCGGUCGGUAUUCUUCAAUGUGUUCCAGUCAUUAAUUGUCAUGCUCUAUGUCUUCGACAAUGACACCAAUGCGGUAGUUAAGAUCAGUUGUGUUGUGGGACUUUGUAUAGAGGUCUGGAAGAUUCACAAGGUGAUGGAUAUCAACAUUAACCGUGAGGCUCUUAUCUUUGGGGUCAUUCCAAGGUUCAGCUUCUCAGAUAAGGGCUCAUACAUAGAGUCCAGUACCAAAGAAUAUGAUACUCUGGCAUUCCGUUACCUGUCAUGGGCAUUGUACCCAUUACUGGGUGGCUAUGCAGUUUACUCUCUCCUCUACCAGGAGCACCGUGGUUGGUAUUCAUUUGUGCUCAACAUGCUUUAUGGCUUCCUUCUCACAUUUGGAUUCAUAAUGAUGACGCCACAACUGUUCAUCAAUUACAAAUUGAAGUCCGUAGCACAUUUACCAUGGCGUAUGAUGUCAUACAAGUUCCUCAAUACUUUUAUUGAUGACAUUUUUGCAUUUGUCAUCAAAAUGCCAACACUUUACAGGCUGGGUUGUUUCAGGGAUGAUAUUGUUUUCUUCAUCUUCCUGUAUCAGCGUUGGAUAUACAAGACAGAUCCCACUAGAGUGAAUGAAUUUGGUUUCUCUGGUGAGAUGGAACGGGAGGCAGCCGCAAGUCAAAGUGGACAGCUAGCAAACGGUGCAGCACCUGCCAUCGCAGGAGCACCGGCUAAAGACUGCAGACAGAAGAAGGAAGAUUAACAUGAGUGCAGCACUAAUAGUCUCAAAUUCUUCUAGAAACUGAAAAAUGAAAUGAAAGUAAAUUUAUCGUGGAAGUGUUAUACCAAGUUUUAAUGAUAGUUGCGAUAAUGCUGGCUUAUGCAUUUAAAAAUAAGAUAUUGUGUGGUCCCCUGAUGUAUUAGCAUGUAAAGCUGCCAUUUUGUUUUUGUCCCUUAUUUGGUUAUAUGUAUAUGUAUUGCAUUCUUGCUUGAAUGUAAAUUUUAAAGUGCUACACCCAUCUUCAGAGGAUCGUAUAAAUGCACUUACAAAUAAGUAUUGUUGUGCUUGCAAGGUAAUGUAGCUGAUGGAGGUGAUCUCUAGUUUUCCAUGCCUGCAGCAAAAUUAAUAGCAGUUUAUUGAGGAUAAGCGAAGGGAAAUUCAUGUUAGAAUGAAUAUGCUGUUUUAUUCCACCAGGUUGUGGAAAUGUUUAAUGUUCGAUGUGUGUAGUUAAGAAAGUACAUUAAAUUGACAUUUCUGUUUUAAGAUAUAUCUGUUUUGUUAUUGAUGUUGAAUAGUACAAGGCUCCUGCUGCUGUUAACAGUGGGAAGAUAAAAUCAGCCUGUUAUGUGCUGAACAGAAUGUUAAGUUUACAAAAGGCAUAUAAUAUACUAGUAGAAUACC